AUGUCCUAUUCUCAAUCAGCACUCGAGGCGCCAAUGCUCGGUACCAGUGAAACUUCAACGCCUUCAGCAGCAGCAGCAGCAGCAGCAACAACAACCUCCAGACCCUCAUCUACCGCAUCAAUGGGUAACAGCAACAGAACCUCAACACCCUCCACCACCAAUGGCCUCCCAGCCCCCCAAUCACAGCGUCAAUCCAAACAUACAGGACUUCCAAUUGGAUCAUCCUCAACGCAUGAGCAUCACCCAUCUCACCUGAUGGCUAAUGGAGCCGACAUAGCCGCAACCACAACGGCAUCAAGUACAACGACUGCAAAUAUGGGCCAAUUCGAGAUUAUAGAUCUCUGCUCUGACUCGGACGGUGAAGACGCGAAGGUCCCCCCCAAGAAGAAAGCAAAGCUUGACGAUGGCAUAGCCGCCCCACAACGCGAUUAUGGUAUGGAGAAGUCUUGGAUAGGGGGUAUCAGUAACAGAACGGGUACGGGUACAGGGGAAGAAGUGGUAUGCGGUGUGACGUGGAAGAGAAGUGUUGAUAUGGCAGAGGGCGAGGAAGAUGCCAAAGACGAGCGGCCCGACCAUGCGCCAUCGACAGCGCCGGGAGAGAUGCCUCCGGAGAACAGAAAAGGACAUCUGAUCCAUAACAACAAUCCUACCGGACCGGCUGCAGCAGCAACCUCAAACAACGAGAUCAUCAUCGAAAUCAAGCAUCCCAACCCCUUCGCAGUUGCAACGCAACGCGUGCCCAAGUCAUCUGACACCAUCAACCCUGUGGUCACACGAACCGAGACUGUUCAGACGCAAACCGGGAUGAAGAAGAGGAAGAUGGUUGGGCCGUUCGUCCUCGAAGAUGCCGAUGAUGGCGACGGUGAUGGUGAUGCCACCAUGCGCUCGCCGGGGGAUGAAGGAUACGGCAGCUUCUGUAGCGGGGCUGUGAAGCCUGAUAGCCACGAUGGGGGCAACAUAUUAAGUUCCGGUUCCGGUUCCAGCCACAGCCCACCAGAUGCCAUGGAUGGAUUUGCCAGGCAGUCAAAGGUAGGUGGUGGGAUGGAGCUGUUCCAGCGACGGAGGCAAUUAGAGGACAAGUGCGCGGAGACGAGUCGGAGGAUGAGGGAGGAGGCGCUUAAGAAGAGGAACGCAGAAAUGCAGGAAGCUCAGAAGAGUGGUCUGUCGCAAGGCUUUCUUGAGGAUUCAUUGAACGUGAGACCAAAUGCAGAGUCAUAUCAGUCAGACAUACAGAUUGGAAAGGAGACGAACUCCACCUCUCAAGGAACGUGUUCAGCGCACGAGCGCCAAAGCAACCAAGACGAGUUUGACGACGAUGAUGACGACUUCUUCGCCGAUGACACUUUCUCUUCGGAGAACAUCGAAGCGCAACUCGACCUCGCCCAAGCAUUCGCCAACAACAACGGCAAUCUUCCAUCCCCCAAGGAUCUGACAAGGUCAUACCGGCCCUCCACACUCGUGUCUAGCACGGAGAAAGCUGACCGUGCUGCUGAAGCAGACUCAUCGCCCAGCAACGCACGAGAUCCUCCGCUGCAAGAUUCCACCCAGCAUCCCGAGAGGCAGCUGUUCAAUGGCGGAGCAGGCAAAACAGCCACAUCUGGAAUUGAGCAUUAUUCUCAGGAGCAGGCUGAGAAGUAUUGGGGAAGGGUGAACAAGGAGGAGAGGAGGAAGGAGAAGGAGAAAUGGCCUGAGAAGAUGGAGAUGGGAAGAGGUCAUGAGGAGGUGGUGGCGUCACCUUGCACUGCUACGAAAGUGAUUGGGGGUGCUCCAGGGAAGGACGAGGCUCGUCUUCUGGCUGCGAAGGAGUCUCUCACAACCACGAAGCAGCCGCUGAGAGCUGCUCCGAAUGUCAGCGGGGUGCUCGCUCAAUUAGCGAAAAAUACUCGGGGGACAAAUGAAACAGUCGGGGAGCUUGCCGAUCCUGGAGAGUUCCAUCAAGGGCGAGGAAAUGCUCGGCAUCCCAGUCCAACUGCUCAUGCCCGACAACGCAACCAUCUCACCAUCGACGAGGAGGUCUGGACGAAAGAUGGUACUCUCAGAGAACGGAAGAGGGACAUCGAGAAUCUAAUGAGUUCCUUCACGGAGAUUGCCAGGUGCUGGUGCCUUGUCUUUUACACACUGAGCCCCCACUUCCAAGAGAGUAUGAAAUCACAGGUCCAUGAACUGAAGCGCUAUGCUGGUCCAAUACUGCGUGGCUACACGUUCAGAAAGAAUUCCGGAAGAAGAAUCACCGAGAUCAGAAAGAACGUGGAGCGUCGUAUGGGGAAGGAGAGGGAAGCUGGCCGCCUGAUUGGCAAUGUUACUCAACGCGAGAUCGAUUCAAAGCUGGUCGAGUUAAUGGGGCGGGAGCAUUUCCACCAUGGACAAAGCUUACUCAACAAGGUCCGCGAAGAGUGGGAGGAUCACAAGGUCAACCGAAAACAUACGGGCCAUCGCAAGCGUCCCAACUCCCAGUCUAACAGUAAUGCUUCAGCCAGGUCGAAGCCCAUGGUAGUAUCGAAUAUGCCGUAUACAGGAAUGGAUGCAAGCCGUACAGGAUCAGAAGAAUCCGACCCGUACGAAGGAUUCAAUCUCAAUCCCAAGAAGCGAAUUGCCUGGCAGAGAGAAGACGAGAGACACAAACGAAUGGAGGAAGCACUUGCGAGAUAUGAGAAAGUAGCUGAGCCUGACGGGCGAACCGAAAAUUCGAAAAGAGUCCGUUUUGCUGAACAGUCCGUAUGGGACAACGAAUACGAUCAUACUCAGUCUUCCGAAUCGGAGGAGAGUGAUGAAGAUGAAGAUGGGACGGCGCCCUCAUUCGGCAGAGGAGAAGAUCGUAGGCCGGAAAUUGAGCCGAGAGUAGGAAAUGCAGAGCCCGUCAGAAGGAAUACUGGUGCAAAAGGUCUCUUCUCUCAGCCGCAGAGUGUUGAUGAAAAAGUAACAAGAUCGAGCCAACACACGCCAAGCCGAGCGACGGCCAGAAAGAGCCUUCCUGCCCAAAGUGGAAACAUGAAAUUUACGGGAGAACAGCAGAGUCCUGAGCCAGCAACCAAAAGGGAAGUAGGAGGGAAGUCAGUAGCAAGUUUCAAUCAGUGGGGACCGCAGGAGACUAUGUUGACCAAUGUCAAUUGCUCGGAUAUCGAAGAAAGUCCACAAGACGCAGAUGAGGUUCAAUCCGAGACAGAAGGUUCAUAUACCGACGACGGUGACAUGGCUGACUUGCACAAUGACGUUUAUGGCACUCAAUACGAUAUUGUGGCCGAUUAUGAAGACUUCGACGGCUAUGAGGAUGCCCACUCGGUGCCGCUAGGCAAACAUAUCGAUCCCCGAGCAGCCCACAGACAGAUGACAAGGGUGAUGUUGAAUACCGUUGAAGAUGCAUUGCACAGAGUAAGAGGCACAGGCAGAAUAAUCUGGGACAUCGAGAAUUCUGAAGUUAUGGUGCAUAGCAUUAUUCUACCCACUGGCGGCGAAUGUCGGAUUCGGAAGGUGAAGUCAUGGGUCUCAGCAGCGAAUUGGCCAGGGAAAUAUCGAGCCAGAGCGGUGCCCGUCCCGCAGGUGUACUAUAUCGUGCAUGAGACGAAGAAGACUUCGCUGAGGCCGCCCCCGCCUAACGGAGAAGAGAUCCAAGAUGAGGAGCUUUUCGGGCCAGAGGAUUUCGAAGACCCGCAGGCACUAGUCGAAAAAGAGCAACCGAUGGGGUUUACGAACAGAGAGAGCGCUAAUAGUUCUGCAUUGGAACGCCUGAUCGUAUUCGACAAGAGGCACAAUGGUGCAGAGGGAGCGGAAGAUGCGAAGGAUAUCCUGGAAACAGAAAAUACGACAGAUAUGGCAGAAUACAUGGAGCAAAUCGAGCAUGACAAACUGUGCUUUGAACGAGAAAGAAGGGUCUGGAUAGAGACUGAGGACGGGAGAAAAGGAAAGGAAGAGAUCAAAGUUUGGGUGGAGGAAAUGUUUGUAGAUAUGCACCACGUCUAA